AUGAGAAAACGGGGUUCUACCAAAGAUUAUGUUGCCUUGUAUGCAGUGCAAUGCUAUAAGUGCUACAAAUGGAGUACAGUUCCAAAAGAAGAAUUUGAGACACUUCGUGAGAACUUCACCAAGGAUCCAUGGUUCUGCAGCAGACGACCAGACUGCUCUUGUGAAGAUGUUGCUGACAUUGAGUAUGACAGCAGCCGCAUCUGGGUUUUGGACAAUCCCAACAUACCAAAGCCUCCACCAGGGACGGAGAGGCUAGUGAUUAUGAGUGACUACAGCAAAAUAGACACAUAUUAUGUCAUGCCCAAUGGGAAGCGUGCAAGGUGUGCUGGUGAUGUGGAUAAGUUUCUGGAGGCAAAUCCAGAGUACAAAAACCGCAUAUCUGCUUCAGAUUUCAGCUUUGCACCACUCAAGGUUGUUGAGGAGACUGUUUCUCACAACUCUGCCUGGAAGGCUGCCAAGGCCAAGAAGCAGGAGAAGGCCGAGGCACAAAAGUGA